GUGUCAGUUAAUCCAUUUAACAGGGCUUGGUUGUCCAUUCCACUCCAAAACAGACCAUUUCCCCUUGUCUUCUCCCUUGCAAACCUGUGUGCCUUUCUCUCUCUCUAUUGUAUCAGUGAUCUGUUCUGUGGCGUACAAUUCAAUUUCCCAAUUUUCAUUAAGCCAAGAGGGUUUGAGCCAGCGCUUGGCACCCAUCUGGGCGGAAGGGCCCGAUCCCGUUUGCACGCCCGACAGUGAACGCUCUUUGCCCUCUUUGCCUUCCUGCUCUGGCUUCCCUUACGCAUCCUUUUCUCUUCUUUCUUUCCCUUGUGACAGUUUUCGGUGCCGACUGUGAGCUGCACACCGCUUUGCUUGAGAGGUUUCAUGGCAGCCAGGGAAAAUAACUAGGGUGUCAUUGAAAGGAGAAAAAAGGAAGGACAGAAGGAAGGACAGGGGAAGGAAAGAGAGUCGGAAGCCAGUGCUUCUCAGCUGCCCGUUGGCAUCGGAAGCAUCCCUGGGAUUUGAGUCUUGCCAUUCCAGGAGUCUGUGCUAAGCUGCCAGCUGAUCUUCAGCCGCUCUUUUCUUCGGUCUGUGGAUGACGGCUAAAUCCGUGGCUCCAUGGAGAGGAUGGAGAGAACGCUUCUGGUUUUGGCUCUCGUCUUCUUCCUUCAAGGCUGUAAUUGCUCCAAAGGUGAGCACCAGCUCUAUACGGAAUUGUUCGCCAAUUAUAACAACAUCAUCCGACCGGUGGCCAACGUAUCCGACCCGGUCAUAAUUUGGUUCGAGGUAUCCCUCUCGCAGCUGGUCAAAGUGGAUGAAGUCAACCAGAUUAUGGAAACCAAUUUAUGGCUGAAACAUAUUUGGAAUGAUUACAAGCUGAGGUGGGAUCCGGACAAGUACGGAGGUGUUCAGUUCAUUCGGGUGCCUUCCCAAAAGAUCUGGAAGCCGGAUAUUGUAUUAUACAACACUGCCGUUGGGGACUUCCAGGCAGACGACAAAACCAAGGCCGUGCUGAAUUACACUGGAAACGUCACCUGGAUGCCACCUGCAAUUUUUAAGAGCUCGUGCAAAAUCGACGUGACCUACUUCCCAUUCGACUAUCAGAACUGCACGAUGAAGUUUGGCUCCUGGUCCUAUGAGAAAGACGAAAUCGACUUAGUCCUCGUCGGCUCCACUAUGAACCUCAACGACUACUGGGAAAGCGGAGAGUGGGCCAUCAUUAAAGCCCCAGGCUAUAAGCACGACAUCAAGUACAACUGCUGUGAGGCCGUCUACCCCGACAUCACCUACUCCCUCUACAUCAGGAGGCUGCCCUUGUUUUACACCAUCAACAUGAUCAUCCCUUGCCUCUUGAUCUCUUUCUUGACGGUUCUGGUGUUCUACCUGCCUUCGGACUGUGGCGAGAAAGUCACGCUGUGCAUAUCGGUCCUCUUGUCCUUAACCGUCUUCCUCCUGGUGAUAACCGAGACAAUUCCUUCCACUUCCUUGGUGAUCCCCCUGAUUGGGGAGUACCUUCUUUUCACCAUGAUAUUUGUCACCCUCUCCAUCGUCAUCACCGUCUUUGUGCUCAAUGUGCACUACCGGACUCCCAGAACGCACACCAUGCCCCGGUGGGUGAAAGCCGUCUUCCUAAACUUUCUCCCCAGGAUCAUGUUUAUGACCAGGCCGGCCGACGAAGACGAGGAACAGGAAGAGGAGGAGGAAGAGGGCAGUCAGAAACCAACAUCGCCUUACAACACGGAGCUCUCCCAUUUAAGUUGCCUCGGGGCAUCCUCGGAAACCAGGUGCUGCAAAGACAGCUUCCCCUGCCAAGACCUGAAGUGCGGUUGCUACCAGCACCCCCAUAUUAAUUACGUCAAGGUGAACAGCAACCUGACCCAGAGCUCCAGCUCCGAAUCUAUAGACGCUCUGCUCUCUUCUUUGGUUAUCUCGCCGGAAAUGAGAGACGCAGUCGAGAGCGUCAGGUACAUUGCAGAAACCAUGAGGUUGCAGAACGAAGCAAAGGAGACUCAAGAUGACUGGAAAUACGUCGCCAUGGUAAUUGACCGAAUUUUCCUGUGGGUAUUUAUCCUCGUGUGCAUUCUGGGAACCGCUGGAUUGUUUUUGCAACCGUUGCUGAUCGGAGACGAAGUGUAAACAAGGCUGCUCUGAAAAAAAAAUGCAAUUUCUCGUUUGCUGUUCAAAUGCUGUCCCUGUUCUCUCUCUUUGUGUUAAAGGACUUCUUUCCAUCUCUUUGUGUCAUGGAAUCAAGGGUGCCUGAGCAUUCAUUGAGCUGGACGCAGGGCAAGAACACAACUGACGGCGUUACACUAUGUGACACCAUUUUUGUUCCUGGGUUGCAAAUGUCAUUUCCUAAUUGGUUCUAUCAUAACAACAUGGGAAAAGUUUUGUAAACUUCAAAAACUUUGUUUCUGCGGGAAGGACAUCCUGCAGCACAUUUUGAAAUAGUUUCAGAUUUUGUUACAUAGUGUAAUUUGUGUGUAUAUUGUAUCAGAAUGAAGGAUUUUACAUGUUCAAGAAGACUGCAAGUGUUUUCUCACUUUUUUCUAGAAUAGUUCAGUGUUUAAAGGACUUGUACCGAGUGGUUGUUACUAUGCCUUAAAGUAAUGCAAAUGUAUACUUUUGAUCUAUUGCGCCAACCCAAACAUGGAUAUUGUAUUAGGACAGCAAAGAAAGUCACUUUAAUGCCAAUAUGACACUAUUAAGAUCCUCUCAGAAUAGAAGAUGUCAUUUCAAUUGUCUAUAAUUUGGAAAUAAUAUGCGAAGGAGAGUUAUAGAUCUCUUAGACAAGACUUGAAAGGAAGAUCUGAAAUAGAUCUGAGAUUUAGCAGACAGCUAUGUUCCCAAAGAUGUAAAUGAUAUGACCCCCAUAUCAAUUUCCAACUGGACUAGAGUUGUGUUGUCGAAGGCUUUAUGGCCAGAAUCACUGGGUUGCUGUGAGUUUUCUGGGCUGUCUGGCUAGAUACAUUAUAUUGCUCUCACACCCAGUGUUUUUAAACUUUUAAUCCUUGCAACAGGCCCUGCCCACUAUGAUUAAUUC